UGACCAAAAGUCGUUGAUGACCUUCUAGAAAUCCUCAUUUCCGUAAUCUUUUUAUUACCAAUCAUUUACUGCUCUUUCACCCUACAGACGACGCCGGCGCUUCCUCUCUUUCCGCCUCCCUUUAUAUUUCUCUUCAAUUCCCAAAGCUCUCUUCUUGUGCCUUCCCUACCCACACUUCAUACCUUCGAACGUCGACGCAUUUUCUUGAGAAAUCCUUCAAGGGUUUUGGGAUUCUUGUCCACACAGGGAGCUUGAUUUCUUGGGAGUGGAGGGUUCAUUUCUUGCUUUCUUGUUGUGUGUUGAUUUCUGGGUUUGUUGGAUUUUUUGCCUCCUUCAUUUGUGUUUGCAGAAGUGAGAUAUAAUCUGUGUUUGGGGUUCUUUUGAAUUUUCUUGUUUGGAUUCCUCUGAUCCGUCAAAGGUUGGGUUUUUUUAUUUUCUCUGGGAACAUCAGAGAGAUGCCACCUUUUGCAGGAUCAAACGGAAUUCAUCAUGAUUCAAGUUCAAAUAUAGUUACAAUUGAUGUGGGGGGUCAGCUUUUUCAGACCACCAAACAGACCCUUUCUUUAGCUGGUUCCAAAUCUUUCUUCUCCAAGAUUGCCAAUUCUGAUCCUGCCAUCCCUUUUAUUGAUAGAGACCCUGAACUUUUCUCAAUCUUGCUCUCUCUCCUCAGGACCGGGAACCUUCCCUCAAAAGCCAAAGCUUUUGACAUUCAAGACCUGAUUUUUGAAUCCCAGUUUUAUGGUAUUGAAAAUCUCCUCUUGAACUCCCAAUCAAACCCUUCUCAAUUUGAUGCUUUCAACCUUGAGAAAUCCUUUGUUCUGCCUUUGAGUGGCCGGGAUUCGCCCUCAGCCAUCUGCACGACGCCCUGUGGAUCACUCCAUGUUGCUCAUGGAAGUAAAGUCACAUCCUUUGAUUGGUCCUUACAAAGGAAAUCCACCAUAUUGACCCAAUUCACAGCCAUUGAUUCAUUGUUAGCAUUGUCCCCUGCAGUGGCUGCUGCUGGUGCAACCGACUUUUCGGGCUUGCAGAUUCUUGAUCUUGAUAAGGGCUAUGUUAAGGACACUUUGAAUUGGGAGAAUGUCACGAGGUCUGGUUCUACAGUGCAAGCUAUUGGAGCAUCCCCUGAGCAUUUGUUCACUAGCUUUGAGUCAAGUAGGAGAAACUCAAAUUGCAUUAUGAUAUAUGAUCUCAAUGAUGAUUUACGUCCCGUGUCUAAGAUUGGCCACUAUGAGAUUUUUGGUGCUGAUCUUGAUUCAGCUAUUCCAGCCACUAAAUUGCAAUGGGUUUCUAGUCAUAAUUUGUUGAUGGCCUCAGGUUCUCACAGUGGCCCUUCUGGAGUAUUAGGCAAUAUCAAGUUUUGGGACAUUAGAUCAGGCAAUGUGGUUUGGGAACUGAAGGAAAAAGUUGAUUGCUUCUCCGAUGUCACUGUUUCAAAUGUGCUUGGCACGAUGUUUAAAGUCGGUGUGAAUACCGGAGAAGUGUUCUGUGCUGAUUUGAGAAACAUGGAUGCUGAUCACCCUUGGGUUUGCCUUGGUGAUGGAAGAAAGGUGAUCAAUGGAAAGAAAGAAGGGUUCGGAUGUAAAGUUGAAAGCCAAGGAAACCAAGUCUUCUGCAGUAAAGGAGGAAAUCUUGAGCUAUGGUCGGAAAUAUUGCUAGGGACUGUGGAAAAGCAGGAGACUGGUUUACCUGAGAGAGUCUUUAGGAAGAAUCUGAUGGGAAGAGCCAAAGACAUGGGAGGAAACAGGAUAACGAAUGUCAAUUUUGGAGGGAGCAAAAUGUUUUUGACACGGAAGGACCAACAAUGUGUUGAAGUUUGGAGUUCUGUUAGGAGCUUUUGAGUUUUAUUACAACUUUUAGCAUUCAUGAGUAGAUGUUUCUGCUUAAAAAUGUUCCUUUGUACAGGAUUUUAAGUAUGCAUAUCUCAGGAGAUGUCUGAAUGAAAAGCAUCUUCUCUCUUCAUUCUUUGCUGAAUGCUUGCCUUAAAAGUUAUGAUUCUUGUGGUUGUGUGCAUAUAAAUAAAAGUUAAUACUUCGACGUGUAAA